GUGUUUUUCAAUGUUAUUGGCAUACGCGAAGUAGCCUCCUCAGAUACCAAGUUUUUUUUUUCCUUUUUUUCUUUUAGACAAAGUCUGUCUUAUUUGCACACGAUUGCGAAAAUAUGGGAAGAGAGACGGGACAUAGAUAUACUAGAGCGUGUCCUGAGAGAGAGUGAGAAAAGAAAGAGAGACCGGUAUUGACGGAUUAUAUAUAUAAAGAGGUGAUCCAGGAGAAGGAUGUUAAUAAGUAUAACGUUAGAAAGGAAAUACAUACACGGAAAUUUCCAUCAAGCUACAUUGUCCACUCUUGCAGGUUUUUUCUUCUGUUAUUUGAUCAUCUGAGAUGCCUAUGGAAUAGACUUUUUGGUAAGCGACAGCUGUGUUUCUCGAUGAUAUUGAACUACUUUAUACAUACGCGUAAGAUUGCGGCGUACUGCCAUAAAUAACCGUAAAUAGUCGAGAGGCCCAAUCUCUCUUCUUUGUACUAAGAAGAGUAGGUGCUUCUCAAUUUGUUUGCCUGAAAAACUGUGUUUGGACUAAAUCAGAUAUAAGGAUUAAAAGAAAAAAGAAUCUUAUUCGUUCGUACGUGUCUAAUAUGUUAUGGAUUGCGAGCUGUGCGUUGUAUAAGUGAAUUUUAUUCACGCUAUAUUUAUUUGCGUAAAGCCUGCGUAUAUUUGAUGUAUAAUACGUACCUUGUAUUCAGCAAUCUGCGGUCAAUUCUCUUAUUGGUUCUUCGGUCUUAUGUUAAUCCCCAAAGGCCCCUUGAAUACAACUAUAAGAGUUGGGCUGUAAGAAUCAGGCUGUGACAAUAGCCCGAAUCCUCUUCCCCGCGUACUGUUCGCCUUAGGUCUUCACUGCUAAGAAAUCCCAUUUGCUAACAUAUAAAGUGAGCCACGAUUAUUGAAGGCGCCCGGAUUGUGUUCGUGGCCCUUAUGUACAAUGGAUCCUGAAGCUAUUAAACGAGCCGAGAAAAACGAAGAUGAGUCCCGGGAUGGCAGAGGCAAUUCUCCUGAUUUUGCAAUAUUUUCAUCCAAUGAAGACUCAUACAAGCAUUUCGCCUGUCCAUUUUGUCAGAGGGACCAACAAAAUGCAAGUUUUGAGCGAGGCGGAUGGGAAACAUGUGCACAUAACUCAUGGAAGGAGUACCACAGAGAUAGGUUAGUGCAUACCUUCUGCAAGAAGCAAAGCCGAGAAAGUGACAUUGAUGAUCUGUUUUCUUUCUUAGAGAACACGUAUAUCGCAAGCACACACUUCCAAUGAAUCAUUGCGACAGAUGCUUCGAAGAUCUCAAAGAUGCUCAAUCUUUGCUGCAGCAUCGUAGCCAAUUACAAUGCGAAC